AUGGAUGUCUUUCGGGCAGUAGCCUUCUACCUGCUAUUUCUCUUUCUGUUGGAUUUACCGUGUUUCCAGACAGCUGCUAUUUUCCCCCCCUCUGUCUCCAGGAGGAAUAAGGGAACCAGGAUUCUACAUGAUGGACAGAAGCCCCCAAAAUUCCUUAAAGAAAUCUUCGCAUCCUCCUCGAGCCAAAGCUAUCAUCAGGAUGAGUUUAAAGACGCCAUUGUACCACACGAUUAUAUGCUGUCCAUUUACAGGACGUACUCUGCCGCUGAAAAAUUGGGACUAAACGCAAGUUUGUUCCUGUCGUCAAAGUCUGCGAACACCAUAACAAGUUUUGUAGACAGAGGAGAAGACGAUCUCUUGCACUCUCCUUUGCGAAGACAAAAGUAUCUGUUUGAUGUCUCAACCCUUUCAGACAAAGAGGAGCUGGUGGGAGCUGAAUUAAGGAUAUUUAGAAAAGUGCCCGGGGAUUUCCAAGCGUCUCAGACAGGUCUCUAUGGCAUUCAAUUACUCUCCUGUCGAUCAGAGCGGCUACUGGAUUCUAAAUCUCUUGAUCUCCAGGAUUCUAGAAAACCAGGAUGGGAGGUUUUGAAUGUGUGGGAAAUGUUUAAAAAUCGCCAUCAUUCUGCAUUGGGGAGCCAGCUUUGUGUUCAGCUCAGGGCUACCCAUGGUAAAUCAGAAACGGAAAUGGACUUAAAACAUCUUGGAUUUGACAGAAACGACCGUCACCAGCAAGACAAGGCUAUUUUGGUGGUGUUUACAAGGUCCAGGAAGAGGGAGAACUUAUUUAAUGAGAUGAAAGAAAAGAUAAAGUCUCGUGGCUUGCGAAAAACCGAGGAUGAAGGCGGCCUUCUAUUCAAAGCCAGACGCAGGCGGAGGACUGCAUUAAACAACCGGCACGGGAAGAGACAUGGUAAAAAAUCUAAAUCAAGAUGCAGCAAAAAAGCCCUUCACGUUAAUUUUAAAGAACUUGGUUGGGACAACUGGAUCAUUGCACCUUUGGAUUAUGAGGCCUAUCACUGUGAGGGCGUGUGCGACUUUCCUCUGAGAUCGCACUUAGAACCAACAAACCACGCUAUCAUUCAAACGCUCAUGAAUUCAAUGGAUCCCAAUAGCACGCCUCCAAGCUGUUGCGUUCCUACGAAACUUAGUCCUGUUAGCAUUCUUUAUAUUGACUCGGGCAAUAACGUUGUGUAUAAACAGUACGAGGACAUGGUUGUGGAACAGUGCGGAUGCAGGUAG